CAUUGUUCUCUCUGUGGCUGGACUUUCGAGGAUAUCUGUUCCAAGUGGCUUUCAGGUAGACAGGAUUAUUGGUGAAUGGGAUGUUGUUGAAUGUUUUCUUGGCUUUUGUAGCUCAGGUAAAAUCUUAUUCAGGGUCAUACUGAAGUAAGAUUAGCCUACAUACAUUUGAAUCCAGUUUUGAUAUAUAAAUAGACGUUUGAUUGCUCUGAUCUAGCUGUUUCAGUUGUAGACUUGAGACUGGAAUUGCCUGCGACAAUGCCAUAAUAGUUAUCUGAACGCUGUGACAAACGACGUAACUAUAACGUACACAUUUCUUGAGGAAACGUUGAAGAAAGAAUAGCGUCCACAAUGGAUCGGGACAGAGCUAGUCCGUCCCCCUCCACCCUGCCGGGGUGCCCUGGUCACAACUCUCCUGGUAGCGCCUUACUGCUGGGUCUGAAGAGGGUGUCUGUGUGGCUGGUCGACUGCAGGAAAACACCAGGGCAGAGUGGAACUGUGAGAGAAGGACACGAGGAGGAUGAGAAGGGAGAAGAUGGAGAUUUGAUUUCAUCAUGGGACACCCCUAACUGUCAUUCUCUCAGUGGGAGGGGCUUAUCUUCUGGGGAGCCUCAACAUCAUGUUGCUGACGAGGCAAAAAAGAGUCUCUACAGAUCAGAACAACUCAGGAAACCCCAGCAGAGAGGUUCAGGGAAGAAACCUCACCACUGCUGCUCUGACUGUGGGAAGAGUUUCACUAGAAGGAGUGGCUUCAUUAUUCACCAGCGGAUUCACACCGGAGAGAAACCAUACUGCUGCUCUCAGUGUGGGAAGAGUUUCACCUGUCAAGGAGGUCUUAAGUUACACCAUAGAAUCCAUACAGGAGAGAAUCCGUACAGAUGUUCACAGUGUGGGAAGAGUUUCGCUGCUUCUAACACCUUAAAAUCUCAUCUGAGAAUACAUACAGGGGAGAAGCCUUAUCCCUGCCUUGAUUGUGGGAAAAGCUUUGCUAAUGCAGGAACCCUAACCAUACACAAGCGUGUACACACUGGAGAGAAGCCUUAUAGCUGUGAUCAGUGUGGAAAGUGCUUUUCUCUUUCAGAAAAUCUAACUAUACACCGGCGCAUACACACUGGAGAGAAACCUUAUGUUUGUUAUCAGUGUGGGAAGAGCUUCACUCAGUCAGGAGAUCUGACUACACACCAGCGAACACACACUGGAGAGAAGCCUUAUAAAUGUGAUCAGUGUGGGAAGAGCUUUGCUCUCGCUUCGUCCCUGACUAGACACCAGCGAACACACACUGGAGAGAAGCCUUAUAGCUGUGAUCAGUGUGGGAAGAGCUUUGCUCGAGCUUCCAACCUGUCUACACACCAGCGAACCCACACUGGAGAGACACCUCACAGAUGUGAUCAGUGUGGUAAGAGUUUUAGUCAGUCAAGAGAUCUGAUUACACACCAGCGAACACACACUGGAAAGCGGCCUUAUAGUUGUGAUCAGUGUGGGAAGAGUUUUAGUCAGUCAGGGAACCUGAUUAGACACCAGCGAAUACACACUGGACAGAGGCUUUAUAGCUGUGAUCAGUGUGGGAAGAGUUUUAGUCAGUCAGGGAACCUGACUAGACACCAGCGAACACACACUGGAGAGAACCCUUAUAUCUGUGUAUGUGGGAAGAUAUUUGUUCAUUUAGGGCCAAUGAAAAAACACCAGAAAGCGCAAACGUGUCUUUCAACUCCCUCCUAUCUGACACCGGUUCCAGAUCCAUAAAUAAAGGACCAAUAGAAAACAUCUAGUGAACCGUCAUAUCCAUCUCUCAUUCUUAAACGGUUGACUUAGUCUGAUCACCACGGUAACCUGUUUGGAAGAUAGAUGCGGUAAAGAAGUCAAUGGAACUCGAGCAAAACAAUGGAAUUGCCAUGGAAACGUGUGGGAGAAAAGGCCAUGGGGGAAUAAUCCUGAAUCUCUUCAUUGCCCCCCAGCAAAAUGAUCCUACGUUUAGACUGUUCUUUAUAUGUGUAUGUCACAAUAUAUUGAGGUACAAAUCAGAGUGUAAUGCUUGUAUGGAUGUCAACCCUAACAAUAAAUGUUACUUUCCCCAA